CCUUUCCCUCCAUUCAAGAACGGCCCCUGUUCUCUUAUUGGUUGCUUUCACAUUUUUGGGUGUAUGUGUAAGCUUUAUAUAGUGUGUUGCCUCAUGGACUGAGCAAUAAUAAGGGGGUGACUACAGUUUAUACGUGCAGGUUACUGGCAGUAAAAUGACUCCAUUAGGACUCAUCUUGGUCUCAUCAGCACUACUGGCUGGGGUCUGGGCUGCAGGACCACAAACAUUAAGAGUUACAACCAUCAAGGAGGAGCCAUAUGCAAUGUCUAAAGGCUCUGAACUGGAGGGCUUCUGCAUCGACCUGCUGUCAGCUGUUUCUAAGAAAUUAGAUUUCAAGUAUGAUAUUCAUCUUGUGAAGGACGGCCGAUAUGGCAUAACAGAUGACAGCGGCAACUGGAAUGGCAUGAUUGGAGAAGUUGUAAGAGGGGAAGCAGACAUCGCUGUGGCGCCUCUAACUCUUACAGCUAAACGUGAGACAGCUGUGGACAUGAGCAAACCCUUCAUGCAGACUGGCCUUAGUUUCAUCCUAAUGAAAGACUUGGCCUCAGAUGACUCGCAGUUCCUGAGCCUCCUUAACCUGUUCUCCACUGAGAUGUGGAUGGGCUUACUGGUUGCCUACCUGUUGACCUCUGCCUGUAUCUUCUUAGUGUCACGGAUUAGCCCCUGUGAAUGGGAGCAACCAGAGAACGAAAAUGUCUUCACGCUCUCACACAGUUUUUGGUAUACUGUGGGAGCACUGACUCUUCAAGGUGCUGGUCCUCACCCAAAGGCUCUUUCAGGACGGGUCAUUACAGCUAUCUGGUGGCUGUUUUCAUUAGUGUUGCUUGCUUGUUACUUUGCCAACCUCAGUUUAUGGCUGCAUUCAGACAACCAGCAACUGUCAAUCAAGAGCUUUGAAGACCUUGCUAAUCAAAACUUGAUUGAGUACGGUACCAUUAAAGAUUCUUCCUCUUUUGCAUUCUUCAAGAACUCAAACAACCCCACAUACCACAGAAUCUAUGAGCACAUCAAGGAUGCCCAGAGCUAUUCACUCACUGCGACAGAAGGUAUCCACAGGGCUCUGAAAGGCAACUAUGCUUUCAUCGGCGAGUCUGUGUCCCUCGACCUGGCAGUGGCGAGAUACUGUAACCUUACACGUGCCCCAGAAAUCAUCGGCAUGAGGGGAUACAGCAUUGCUGCUCCUUUAGGCUCUCCUUUAGUAAAAAACCUAAGUGUUGCCAUUCUCCAACUGAGUGAGUCUGGUGAGCUGGAUUAUUUGCGCAGUAAAUGGUGGGCUAGCAGUUGUGUGGCUAAAAAUGGCAAGAGUGCUCCACUGAAGCCCGCCAGUCUGAAGGGAAUCUUCUUAUUACUGGCACUUGGUCUGGGACUGGGGCUUUUCUUGGCUUUGAUGGAACUGGCAGCCAAAUCACGCAAAAUCGCUAACACUCAGCAGAAAUCCUGCUGCUCUGUGAUGUCCGCUGAACUCAGUCAGCGCUUCAGAGGUGGCGAGGUGACGUCACCGCAAUCCUCUGAGAAAAGCAAAGCCUAAAAAAGCAUUGACACACACAUUUAAUCACUUAAGAUUCAUUAUGUUAACAUCAAAUUUAUUCAUAUUAUGAUUUCAACACAUUAUACUAACUAAACUGGGUGGGUGAACCUCAUGAAAACAUUCCAUUUAUUGUGCACACUUCAAAACCGAAGAAGAAAAUAAAUGAUUCGGUGCAUUGCAAUUUUUUGAAUUUCAAUGUUUUCAUUUAGAGUUGUUUUGUUUUAGUACAUUUAAGUUGUUUUGUUUUGUUUUUUGUUACAGUAAUGAGAAUGAGAUUUUUUUCAUAUAUCACUUAUUUUUCUAUGAAAUGUUUUUGACAGGUUUCAUGAGAUUCACCCGGGUAAUAGUCUAGCAUAUCUAUAGACAAAAUGUGGUUCUAUUAAUUUCUCUUAUUUUAUUAAACAAGUUUAAGGUUUGAUUUUAUUUGGUUUAGUUGGAUGGAUUAGUAUUUUAUUAAUAUGUUAUGUUCUUUCAAUACAAGAAUGGUUACAGCAGUUAAGGUAUAAAAUUUAUUGAGAGAUAAUAAAGAAUACCUCAAUUUUUUGACCAAGUUGUCAUAUUCAACCUUUUUAUUUCUAGAUUACUGAGAUCGGCCCUUAUGCUGUUUUAAUAGCAGAACAAUGUGUGCCAUGAGUAAAAUUGUGAUAUUUCAAAAAAAAUGCAUGUAAGAGAAGAUUGCAUAAAUGUUUGGAUGUUUUCUUUUAUUCCUAAUUUCCUAUUAUAAUAAAAUGAUACAUGCAACAUUUCUGCCAUGACUAACUAUAUAAAUUCAGUACCCUCAGUUCCUUAUUUUGUGCAUUGUUUCAUUAUAGAGAACUUUCUUAACAAAAUAAAAAGCUGAAAUAUGG